UCUGGCCGCGCGCAGGCGCUUGCGUGUGGUGCUGCUGCGGGCCCGGCGCCGACUGGAGCAGGCGGCCGUGUCCCAGUGGCCGCUGCGCGGCCAUGGGGGAAGUGAAGAAUUACCUGUACGCCUGGUGCGGCAGGAGGAGGGUGAUGCCGGCCUACGAGAUCCGCGCCGCCGGCGGCCGCGGCCGACAGACCUUCCUCUGCGAGGUUCGAGUGGAAGGCUUCAACUAUGUCGGCAUGGGCAACUCUACCAACAAGAAGGAUGCGCAGAGCAAUGCUGCCCGAGACUUCAUCAACUACUUAGUGAGGGUGAAUGAAAUGAAGAAGGAUGAAAUUCCUGCUUUUGGACCAGCAGCAGGUGAUAUCCCCACUGGAGGACAGGAAGCAGCUAGAGAUGUCAUUGGUUCCAGUUCAGCUGUGGGGGGACCUCUUCCUCCACAUUUGCUUUUAAAAAGUGAAGUAGGCAAUGGACCAGGUGCAGCACCUGGAAACUCUGGCAGUUGUGGAGCUCAGUGGGAUCGGGGUGCAGACUUGCAAGAUUAUUAUUCCAGGAAAGAGGAGCAAGAAGCGCAGGAGACCUCAGAGUCAGAAGUGGACUUAAAUGCAGAUCUUCACGGGGGUUGGACCUUGGAAAAUGCCAAGGCACGUCUGAACCAGUUUUUCCAAAAGGAGAAGAUCCAGGAAGAAUAUAAAUACAUUGAAAUGGGGCCUGAUCACAACAGGAGCUUUAAUGCAGAAAUUAGCAUUUAUGUGAAGCAGCUGGGCAGAAGGAUUUUCAGUUGCGAGCACGGAUCAAACAAAAAGCUGGCAGCACAGUCCUGUGCCCUUUCCUUGGUCAGACAGCUCUACCAUCUUGGUGUCAUUGAGCCUUUCUCUGGGCAGAUGAAGAAGAAAGGAGAAUCGUUGGAACCCUAUGAGGUGUUGCUGUCUUCUGACUUAGAAAAUCAUCUGCAAAAGACUAUACGGGAACUGUCCCUGCAGAUCGUGCCUUUGCCUGAAGAUCCCAGUAAUCCAGUUCUGAUCAACGUUGGAAAGUUGGCCCAUUUUGAACCAUCACAAAGACAAAAUCACAUGGGAGUUGUUCCCUGGUCGCCACCUCAUUCCAACUGGAACCCUUGGACAGGCUGCAAUAUUGAUGAGGGUCCACUGGCAAAUCUCACUCCGGAGCAAAUAAGCAGGGAUCUGAAAAGUGAUUUCAUGUACCAUCUGGAGCAGGAUCAGGAAUUACAGAGGAUCCAAGAAGCAAGAGAGGCCUUACCUGUGAAGAAUUUUGAAAGGGAAAUUCUGGAUGCAAUCCAUCACAAUUCUGUUGUUGUCAUCCGUGGUGCCACUGGUUGUGGCAAGACUACUCAAGUGCCCCAGUAUAUCCUGGAUGAAUACAUCAGAACCAACCGAGCUGCUGAGUGCAACAUAGUGGUGACACAGCCCCGGAGGAUUAGCGCAGUUUCCGUAGCGGAACGUGUGUCCUAUGAGAGGGGGGAAGAGCCUGGUCAGAGCUGUGGGUACAGUGUGCGGUUUGAGUCUGUGCUCCCUCGGCCACAUGCCAGCAUCAUGUUCUGCACUGUAGGUGUUCUUCUGAGAAAGGUGGAGACUGGUAUCCGUGGCAUUAGUCAUGUUAUUGUUGAUGAGAUCCAUGAGAGAGACAUUAAUACUGACUUCCUUUUGGUGGUGCUGAGAGAUGUCAUUCAGGCAUAUCCUGAAAUCAGGGUUGUCCUCAUGUCUGCCACUAUUGAUACCAGUAUGUUUUGUGAAUACUUCUUCAACUGUCCCAUCAUCGAGGUCUAUGGGAGAACCUUUCCAGUCCAAGAUUAUUUUCUGGAAGAUUGUAUUCAAAUGACUCAGUUUGUCCCUCCACCCAAGGAAAAGAAGAAGAAAGAGAAAGAUGAAGAAAGUGGUGAAGAUGACAAUACCAACUGCAACCUUAUUUGCAGUGAUGAAUAUGGCCCAGAAACAAAGCACUCCAUGGCUCAGCUGAACGAGAGAGAAACCUCUUUUGAACUUAUUGAGGCUCUGCUGAUUUAUAUUAGGACUCUGAAUGUCCCAGGAGCUGUCCUUGUUUUCUUGCCUGGCUGGAACUUAAUCUAUACAAUGCAGAAGCAUCUAGAAAUGAACCCGCGCUUUGGAGGCCACCAGUACAGGAUUUUACCUUUGCAUUCCCAGAUUCCUCUAGAGGAGCAGCGUCGAGUGUUUGAUCCUGUGCCUCCAGGGGUGACCAAAGUUAUUUUAUCUACCAGUAUUGCUGAGACCAGCAUUACCAUCAAUGAUGUGGUCUUUGUUAUUGACUCUUGCAAGCAAAAAGUGAAGCUGUUCACUGCUCACAACAAUAUGACAAACUAUGCUACGGUCUGGGCAUCAAAAACCAAUUUGGAGCAGCGGAAAGGGAGAGCUGGGCGUGUGCGAGCCGGGUUCUGUUUCCAUUUGUGCAGCAGAGCUCGUUUUGAGAGACUUCAGACUCACAUGACGCCUGAAAUGUUUCGAACACCACUUCAUGAAAUUGCUUUGAGCAUCAAACUGCUGCGGCUGGGAGGGAUCGGGCAGUUUUUGGCCAAAGCCAUUGAGCCGCCCCCACUGGACGCAGUGAUUGAAGCGGAACGCACGCUGAGAGAGCUUGAUGCCCUGGAUUCCAAUGAUGAGUUGACACCUCUUGGAAGAAUCCUGGCCAAACUUCCCAUUGAACCUCGUCUGGGCAAGAUGAUGAUCAUGGGCUGUAUUUUUUACGUGGGAGAUGCUGUAUGUACCAUCUCUGCAGCUACCUGUUUCCCUGAACCUUUCAUCAAUGAAGGCAAACGCCUGGGUUAUGUCCAUAGGAAUUUUGCUGGGACCAGGUAUUCAGAUCAUGUAGCUUUGCUCUCUGUCUUCCAAGCCUGGGAUGAUGCAAGAAUGGGUGGUGAAGAAGCAGAGAAAAGAUUUUGUGAACACAAAAGACUCAGCAUGGCCACUCUUAGAAUGACUUGGGAAGCAAAAGUCCAGCUAAAAGACAUACUUAUUAGUUCUGGCUUUCCUGAAGAAUGUUUGAUGACUCAACCGUUUAACAACACUGGCCCUGAUAGUAACCUGGAUGUUGUAAUCUCCCUGCUGGCUUUUGGGGUCUACCCCAAUGUCUGCUACCACAAGGAGAAGAGGAAGAUUCUUACCACCGAGGGGCACAAUGCUCUCAUCCACAAAUCAUCUGUCAACUGCCCUUUCAGCAGCCAGGACAUCAAGUAUCCAUCACCUUUCUUCGUUUUUGGAGAGAAGAUUCGAACACGAGCCAUCUCUGCCAAAACCAUGACCUUGGUGAGCCCACUGCAGCUGCUUCUGUUUGCUUCCAAGAAAGUCCUGUCAGAUGGCGAAAUCAUUCUGGUGGAUGACUGGAUCAAGCUGAAGAUGCCGCACUUGGCAGCCGCCUGCAUCACUGCUCUGCGUGCUGCCAUGGAGGCCCUCGUGGUUGAAGUGACCAAAGAUCCUGGGAUCAUCCGGCAGCUGGACCCUGCAUACGAGAGGAUGCUGAAUGUGAUCCGGCAGCUGUCCCGGCCAGCUGCGGCAGGGAUGGCACUCACAGCUGCCAACAGCAGGUUCGGGGAUGGCCCUCGCCCGCCCAAGAUGGCUCGCUACAGCAACGGCAGUAACCUUCGAGGCUGGGGAGAUUAUGUGCAUGGCUCCAGUCACAGGGGCAGAGGCUAUGGUGGCAACUCCAGCUGGCACUCCGUGGGAAGAGGAUACCCUGGUAGUCCUGGGGGAGGCUACGGAGGCGGGGGUGGCUGCCGAGGAGGAGGAGGAUACCGAGGAGGAGGAGGAUACCGAGGAGCAGGCAGGGGCUACCGAGGAGGCUAUAGGGAUGUGGGCAGGGGUGGGUGGUAGUGAUAGCAGUUCAGUGGAGUCUUUCCACUUAACAAAAGUGUGUUUCCUUCCCAAAUUCCUUUCUUCCUCUUCCCAGUUUGUAUGCCUUUUUUGGUUCCUUAGUACAGUUACAGUUCUGUAAUAUAUCAUGCCCUUAGGGAAUUUCCUGCAAGUUGUAUGAUUUUAUUCUAAAUAAAGAGUUUGUU